ACCGAAGAUUCACUGGUGACUGUACGAAUGCGACCAGACAAUAUGGGACGAUUCGGAUUCAACGUUAAGGGCGGGGCUGAUCAGAACUACCCAGUCAUCGUUUCGCGAGUUGCCCCAGGUAGCUCUGCCGAUAAGGCACAUCCGCGGCUCAACGAGGGAGAUCAGGUUCUGUUCAUAAAUGGUCGGGACGUGGCGUCGAUGUCGCACGACAAGGUAGUCGACUUCAUCCGAAGUGUUCGGACGGCUCCGAACGGUGGCGAACUCGUGCUCACCAUCAAGCCAAACGUGUAUCGCCUUGGCGAAGAGGUGGACGAGCCGGAAGGGGCGGUGCUUCCCGAACAGAUGCGUGUGGCCGAGAGCGUGCCGAGGAGCGACAAACUCGCCCACUCGCUUCGUAUGCUGAGCGAUGCGCUCGCCAGCGGUCGAGUCGCGUCUCAGUUUGAGCAACUUUAUCGAAAGAAGCCGGGUCUAACAAUGAAUGACUGUCGAUUACCAUUUAAUCUCAACAAGAACAGAUAUCGGGAUGUCUGCCCUUACGACUUAACAAGGGUACACCUAAAUUCGUCGCCAACUGGUGAUUAUAUUAACGCCAAUUAUGUUAAUAUGGAGAUUCCGUCGUCGGGUAUAGUGAAUCGCUAUAUUGCCUGUCAAGGACCCUUGGCUCACACAUCGGCCGACCACUGGUUGAUGGUCUGGGAACAGUUGUGCACUCACAUCGUCAUGCUCACCACCAUCACAGAGAGGGGCCGAGUGAAAUGCCAUCAGUACUGGCCGAAGUUGCACGAAAGUCAGGAAUACGGUCGUUUGCUGGUGACGUGCAUUCGAGAUCAUGAAACGCCGAAUUGCUCCUACAGGGAGUUUUCUGUCAAGGAAAGAACGUCGAAGGAAGAGCGUCGAGUGACACAGAUGCAGUACACGGCCUGGCCGGACCACGGGGUGCCCGACGAUCCACAGCACUUCAUCGCCUUCGUCGAUGAGGUACGACGUGCACGCGCUGGAAGUGUGGAUCCAAUCGUGGUGCACUGUUCUGCUGGGAUCGGUCGUACAGGAGUGCUCAUACUGAUGGAGACCGCUGCAUGCCUAGUGGAAGCUAAUGAACCAGUAUAUCCAUUAGAUAUCGUCAGGGUUAUGCGUGAUCAACGUGCCAUGGCCAUCCAGACAGGUCAAUACACAUUUGUUUGUGAGUCCAUCUUACGUGCUUAUAACGACGGUCUCAUAAAGCCACUAGCAGAAUAUCAAAAACGGUAA